GAAAUCGGUUCUAGACGCACGGCAGCGGCUUCGAAAGGCUAUGACUCCACUGGACCAAACAUGGAACCACUUUCUUCAAGAGCUCAAAAACGAGUUGUUCUUGAGGGCCUUCUUGAAGAAUCCGAAGUGGAGGAUGAUGCUGCUCUACUUAGUGGAGACUUAACCGCCAUCGGAUUGGUGAAUCCUCUUACUGUAGCUCUUCAAACUGUUGCAACGCAGGUGUCACGUCUUCAGGAUGCACGCAACUGGGUAAAAUCGAUGGCUGGAAAACUUGACACACUGAUUCAACUUCUCUUCCGUGAACUUCUUUGCUUCGGUAGAGUUCAGAUGCUCACCAAGGAGUGGUGGAAUGUACACGACGAGACAGAGCAAUUUGUAGUGCGACUUCAAGCCACCAGUCCAACUGAUAUGGCUUUCAUCAAACCAGAAGACGUGGAAUCGCAAUUAUAUCAGCAUUCCGUGGAUGCUCUAGCCAAUUGGACGACUCUUCAAGGCCGUCUAAGUCAUUUGGCAUUUCUGCGUAAUGCCCUCCAACAACACCACACGGCUUCGACUACUUUGGAGUGCCCAACAUGUCUUCAGGCACAAAGUCCUUCACGUCCAACAUUUGUGUUGCUGCCAGGAUGUUGGCAUAGCCUCUGUCUACCCUGUCACCAGCGAAUUCAGGCGCACAGUGUGUCGAGUCAACGUCGUUGUCCACUUUGUCGAAAACCUUUUGAAACAGCCGCUUCCAACGCCACGAAACGUCGACCUCUGACCCUUCUGCAUUUUGAUGGUGGGAGAAAGCUUCAAUCGAAGCAAAAGGAGGAGCAGGAGCAGGAGGAGACAAAAGACGAGAUUCCGAUAAAAGGCGACCAUAGUUCCAAGAUCCAGGAGGUUAUUCGAUGCUUGAAACGCAUUAAGUUAGAAGAUGCUGGUGCGAAAGCUGUUGUAUUUAGCUCGUGGACCUCUGUACUGCUGACUAUCGGUCGAGCUCUGGAACUUAAUGGAAUCAUUUGUACAAGUCUCUUGAAGCCACGGGAUAGUGGCUUGGCCCAAUUUCGGUCUGCGGAGUCUCGUGUUUGGGUUCUUUUGUUGCCGCUUCAGUUGGGAGCCAAUGGCCUAAACCUUAUCGAAGCAAAUCACCUAUUAUUUGUAGAUCCUGUCCUGAGUCAUGGGCGGGAAGUUCAAGCUAUCGCAAGGCUUCAUCGAAUUGGACAAUUGCGACGAUUGCAGUAG